CAAAUUACGUUUUUCAGGGCCAGGCUACACUUGCCUAUAAAUUACCACCUUUGCCUCUCCUUCUGAACUCGCAUAACUUUAGCUUGACAAGAAGAGGAAACUCCCCAUUCUCUCUCAAGCAGCAACUCUACUCUCUCUCCUCUAUACCCUUCUCUCGAGCUUGAAAGAAAUGGCAGAGACUUUCCUAUUCACAUCUGAAUCAGUGAACGAGGGACACCCAGAUAAGCUCUGCGACCAGAUCUCUGAUGCUGUUCUCGAUGCUUGCCUGGCACAAGACCCUGACAGCAAGGUGGCAUGCGAGACUUGCACUAAGACCAACAUGGUCAUGGUUUUUGGCGAGAUCACCACCAAGGCUAAUGUAGAUUAUGAGAAGAUUGUGCGUGAUACUUGCAGAAACAUUGGAUUCACAUCUGAUGAUGUGGGUCUUGAUGCCGACAAUUGCAAGGUUCUAGUUAACAUUGAGCAACAAAGUCCUGAUAUUGCUCAGGGUGUACACGGCCAUUUCUCCAAGAGGCCGGAAGAGAUUGGUGCUGGUGAUCAAGGCCAUAUGUUUGGCUAUGCCACUGACGAGACCCCCGAAUUGAUGCCUUUGAGCCAUGUUUUGGCUACCAAGCUCGGUGCUCGCCUCACUGAGGUUCGCAAGAAUGGAACUUGCGCGUGGUUGAGGCCUGAUGGAAAAACCCAAGUUACUGUCGAGUACUACAAUGAGAAUGGAGCCAUGGUUCCUGUCCGUGUCCACACUGUUCUCAUUUCUACUCAACAUGAUGAGACCGUGACAAAUGAUGAGAUUGCAGCUGAUCUCAAGGAGCAUGUCAUCAAGCCUGUGAUCCCAGAAAAGUACUUAGAUGAGAAGACUAUCUUCCAUCUUAACCCAUCCGGCCGUUUUGUCAUUGGUGGUCCUCAUGGUGAUGCUGGCCUUACUGGCCGUAAGAUUAUUAUCGACACUUAUGGUGGCUGGGGUGCCCAUGGUGGUGGUGCUUUCUCUGGAAAGGACCCUACCAAGGUUGAUAGGAGUGGAGCUUACAUUGUCAGGCAGGCCGCCAAGAGCAUUGUCGCUAGUGGGCUUGCUAGGAGGUGCAUUGUUCAGGUCUCCUAUGCCAUUGGUGUUCCCGAGCCUUUGUCAGUAUUUGUAGACACAUAUGGAACUGGAAAGAUUCCUGACAAAGAGAUCCUUCAGAUUGUGAAGGAGAGCUUUGAUUUCAGACCUGGUAUGAUUUCUAUCAACCUUGAUCUCAAGAGAGGUGGCAACAACAGGUUCUUGAAGACUGCAGCAUAUGGACACUUUGGCAGAGAUGACCCCGACUUCACAUGGGAGGUGGUGAAGCCCCUCAAGUGGGACAACAAGGUCCAAGCUUGAUUAAGGUCUCUAUACCAGUUUCUGAUGCAUGGAUGUUUUGCCUGUUUGCUGCAACGCUCUGUUAUGGGAGUUUGCCUACUGCCUAUUGCCUGUUGGCGUUUAGCUUUUUUUUUUUUUUCAUUGAUGUUUUGUAGAUUGUUACCUGAGAGGAGCAAAUUAAAAAAAAGAGAGGAAGUGAAACGGCAGCUGAGCUGCAAUAUAUGAUUUUUUUGGCUUUCAAGAUGAUGCUUGCCGCGUUUUGCUGAUUUCCUAUCGUCGGGCUUCUAUUUUUCUGGGUUUGAUACGUAAUAAUCUGGCUGGCGACAAAUUUUGUUGUCCAUUUGUUA